AAAAAUUUCAUUUAUGAACAUGCAAAGGUUUUGGCAAUGAAGAAAUUCGACAAGCUGGAAAUUGAUCAUGUCACUGAUGAAAUUAUAAAUCGGUAUAGAAGGUGUAAGCCGGGGCAUGAACUUUAUGACUUUAAAUUGGAUGAGCAUGGGCCUUGUGGCUUUGGAUUGUAUGAACAGAAGCAUAAAUUCUUUAAACCGGAGCCUCGAUUCUAUAAUUUUGAAUUGAGUGAACAUCUUGAAAAGAAGAGACACAAAUGCUGUUGUUUGUGAAUUGGA